CCGGAAAGGGAGUGAGCGGGGCGGAGCGGCCGUGCCGUUCCGUUCCAUUCCGUUCCGUUCCCCGGUGUGUCGUCACGGCGCGCUGCCGGGUGACCGGGGCGGCGGCGGGCGCGGAUCAGCGCAGCCCCGGCCAUGGCGCCGCCGCCACCAGCACCGCAAAAGGAGAUCGUGUACAACAAACUACUGCCCUACGGGGAGCGCCUGGAGGCCGAGGCCGCUCGUUUCCUCGCCCAGAUUAAAGACAACCUGGCCCGGGCCGUGCAGCUGCAGGAGCUGUGGCCCGGGGGGCUCUUCUGGACUAGGAAGCUUUCGACAUACAUCCGAUUAUAUGGGAGGAAAUUCAGCAGAGAAGAUCACGUGCUUUUUAUCAAAUUGUUGUACGAGUUGGUGACGAUUCCCAAACUGGAGAUCAGCAUGAUGCAAGGAUUUGCGCGCCUGCUGAUAAACCUGUUAAAGAAGAAAGAACUGCUUUCCAGGGAUGAUUUAGAGUUACCAUGGAGACCGCUUUAUGAAAUGUUGGAAAGGAUAUUGUACUCCAAAACAGAACAUCUUGGAUUAAAUUGGUUUCCCAAUUCAUAUCGACCAGGCUUGUCUUCACCUAAAACAUUUGUGCUUAAUGUAUUACAUAGGUGUUCUGUAGAAAGUGUCCUGAAAACACUGGUGAAGAGCUGCAGGCCAUACUUUCCGGAAGAUGCCACUGCGGAGAUGCUGGAUGAAUGGCGGCCGUUAAUGUGUCCGUUUGACGUUACCAUGCAGAAGGCUAUUGCCUACUUUGAACUUUUCCUGCCCACCACCCUUCCUCCCGAGCUCCACCACAAGGGUUUCAAGCUUUGGUUUGAUGAAUUUAUAGGCCUUUGGGUGUCAGUUCAAAAUCUCCCCCAAUGGGAAGGGCAUCUUGUAAAUCUUUUUGCACGCUUGGCCACUGACAACAUCGGGUACAUAGAUUGGGAUCCGUAUGUGCCAAAGAUUUUUACCAGAAUUUUGAGGAGUUUAAAUCUUCCGGUGGGAAGCAAUCAAGUGGUUGUUCCAAGAUUCUUAACAAAUGCUUACGAUGUAGGACAUGCGGUAAUGUGGAUCACAGCCAUGAUGGGUGGACCAAGUAAACUAGUGCAGAAGCACUUAACUGGGCUGUUCAAUAGCAUCGCCUCUUUCUACCAUCCUUCAAACAAUGGGCGCUGGCUGAACAAACUGAUGAAACUACUUCAAAGGUUACCCAGUGGCGUUGUCAGGAGGCUGCAUCGUGAGCGCUACAAGAAAACAACUUGGUUAACUCCUGUGCCUGCGAGUCAUAAACUGACUGAUCAGGAUGUUACAGACUUUGUCAAAUGCAUUAUUCAACCUGUUCUUCUGGCUAUGUUUAGUAAAACUGGAAGCCUGGAGGCUGCCCAAGCCCUGCAGAACCUUGCACUGAUGCGUCCUGAAUUAGUAAUUCCGCCUGUACUUGAGAAAACAUAUCCUGCACUGGAGACGCUGACCGAGCCUCACCAGCUCACCGCCACCCUGAGCUGUGUCAUCGGGGUCGCGCGCAGUCUGGUGUCGGGGGGGAGGUGGUUUCCCGAAGGCCCAACACACAUGCUACCUCUGCUCAUGAGAGCCCUGCCGGGGGUGGAUCCCAACGACUUCAGCAAGUGUAUGAUUACAUUCCAGUUCAUUGCAACAUUUUCUACUUUGGUGCCUUUAGUAGAUUGUUCAUCUGUUUUGCAAGAAAGAGAUGAUCUUUCAGAGGUGGAAAGAGAAUUGUGCUCUGCAACGGCUGAGUUUGAGGAUUUUGUGCUGCAGUUUAUGGAUAGAUGUUUUGGGCUUAUAGAGAGCAGCACGCUGGAACAAACCAGAGAGGAGACCGAAACUGAGAAAAUGACUCAUCUGGAGAGUCUCGUGGAGUUAGGGCUCUCUUCUACUUUUAGCACAAUCCUUACUCAGUGUUCUAAGGAUAUCUUUAAGGUUGCCUUGGAGAAGGUCUUUAACUUUGCUGUUUCAAAUAUAUUUGAGACAAGAGUUGCUGGUCGAAUGGUUGCUGACAUGUGCCGAGCUGCGGUAAAAUGCCGCCCUGAGGAAUCCUUGAAGCUGUUUGUACCGCACUGCUGCAACGUUAUAACUCACCUCACAGUCAAUGAUGAUGUUUUACAUGACGAAGAACUAGAUAAGGAGCUGCUUUGGAACCUUCAGCUUUUGUCAGAGAUCACUCGAGUGGAUGGCAAGAAGUUGCUACCGUACAGGGAGCAGCUUGGGAAGAUACUGCAGCGAACCCUCCACCUAACCUGUAAGCAGGGUUACAUUCUGUCUUGUAACCUACUGCACCACCUUCUUCGUUCUGCUACACUUAUCUACCCCACAGAGUACUGCAGUGUGCCAGGUGGCUUUGACAAGCCUCUUUCUGAAUACUUUCCUAUCAAGGACUGGGGUAAGCCAGGUGACCUGUGGAACUUGGACAUCCAGUGGCACGUUCCUUCGCCUGAGGAAAUAAACUUCGCUUUUUAUUUGCUGGAUACUUUUCUUCAGCCCGAGCUCAGCAGGCUGGAGCACUAUGCAGCUGGCGAGCUAGAGAUGUCCAGAGAUGAUGUGCAGCAGUGUCUUGCUAUCGUGCAUAACUGCUUGAUUGGAUCAGGGAACAUUCUGCCUCCUCUGCAAGGAGAAAGGGUGGCUCACCUGGUUCCAAGUCUGGUGUCUUUGGAAGAGACAAAACUGUACACUGGUGUUGAAUAUGAUCUAUCAAGAGAGAAUUAUCGAGAAACAAUUGCAAGGGUUACAAGGAAAUUGCUGCGCUAUAUACUUGAUAAUUCAGAAGAUGAUACCAAGUCUUUAUUUCUAAUAAUAAAGAUUAUUAGUGAUGUUUUACAGUUCCAAGGGUCUCACAAACAUGAGUUUGAUUCACGGUGGAAAAGCUUCAAUCUGGUGAAAAAGUCGAUGGAGAACAGGCUUCGAGGGAAGAAACAGCAUAUCCGGGCUUUGCUGAUUGACAGAGUUAUGUUGCAGCAUGAGCUGAGAACACUAACGAUGGAAGGCUGUGAAUAUAAAACCUCCCACCAAGAGAUGAUCAGAGAUCUUUUGUGUUUGUCCACAAGUUCAUAUGGCCAGGUCAGAAGUAAAGCUCAGCAGGCGUUCUUCACAGCUCUGGGAACUUACAACUUUUGUUGCAGAGAUAUCAUUCCCUUGGUUUUGGAGUUCUUGCGUCCAGACCGGCAAGACGUCACUCAAAAGCAAUUUAAAGGUGCCUUAUAUUGUCUCCUUGGAAAUCACAGUGGAGUAUGUUUGGCCAAUCUCCAUGACUGGGACUGUAUUGCGCAGACCUGGCCAGCGAUUGUUUCUUCUGGGCUUAGCAAAGCCAUGUCCUUGGAAAAACCAUCCAUAGUCCGACUCUUUGAUGACCUAGCAGAAAAAAUCCAUAGGCAGUAUGAAACCAUUGGGUUGGAUUUUACAGUUCCAGAGAAAUGUGUUGAGAUAGCCGUUCUGCUGCAGAAAUCAGAACAUCCCAGCUCAGACUUCACGGGUCUCGGCUCAGAGGAGAUUCAGUUAGGAAUUCAGCGGCAGAAAGAAAAGAACGCUGAGGCUCUGCGAAACUAUGAAAAUCUGGUCAACAUGUUGCUGGACUGUGUGGAACAAAGAAAUCUUCCCUGGAAGUUCGAGCACAUAAGCAUUGGGUUUCUGUCUCUGCUGCUGCGGGAUGACAGGAUCCUGCCUGUCCGGGCCAUCAAGUUCUUUGUGCAGUGUCUCAACCACGAUGCGAUUGUAGUUCGGAAGGUGGCCAUCUCGGCCGUGGCUGGGAUCCUGAAGCAGCUGAAGAGAGCGCACAAGAAAGUGCCCAUCUGCCCUUAUGAAAUAACAGGCGGCAGCCCGAAGCCUCCCGGCAUCCAGGCCGGUGACCGCGCCGACAACCAGUGGCUGCACUACGACAGUGGGCGGCUGCCCAAGACCAAGGAAGCUUGGGAGUCGUGUUGUUUUGUGGAGAAAACGCACUGGGGGUACUACACCUGGCCCAGAACGAUGACAGUUUACGCUCCAGCUGAGCAUCAACCAAAGCUCGGGCGGAGGAGAGAGGAGCUGUCAGAGGCAGAACAAAUUAUAUAUGAUCACUUUUCAGACCCCAAGUUUGUUGAGCAGUUAAUCAAAUUUUUGUCGUUAGAAGAUAGGAAAGGAAAAGACAAAUUUAAUCCUCGCAGAUUUUGCCUCUUCAAGGGCCUUUUCCGAAACUUCGACGACGCCUUCGUGCCGGUGCUGCAGCCGCACUUGGAGCAGCUGGUGGCCGACUCCCACGAGAGCACCCAGAGAUGCGUGGCUGAAAUUAUAGCGGGGCUAAUCCGGGGCUCGAAGCACUGGACCUUUGAGAAGGUGGAAAAACUUUGGCAGCUUCUGUGUCCGUUGCUUCGAACAGCUUUAUCCAACAUCACAGUGGAAACCUAUAACGACUGGGGCACGUGCAUCGCGACCUCCUGUGAGAGCAGAGAUCCCAGGAAACUGCACUGGUUAUUUGAGCUGCUGUUGGAAUCUCCACUGAGUGGCGAAGGAGGAUCAUUUGUAGAUGCGUGCCGACUGUACGUGCUGCAAGGCGGGCUGGCGCAGCAGGAGUGGCGGGUACCGGAGCUGCUGCACCGGCUGCUCAAGUACCUGGAACCCAAACUCACGCAGGUUUACAAGAACGUCCGAGAGAGAAUAGGAAGUGUUUUGACAUACAUAUUCAUGAUAGAUGUUGCCUUGCCAAAUACUGCUGCAACUAAAUCUCCUCGUGUCCAUGAAUUUACUACCCGGAUACUUGAAAAUCUGAAACCUCUCAUGGAAGCAGAUGAAGAAAUUCAGAAUCAUGUUAUGGAAGAGAAUGGAGUUGGUGAACAAGAUGAGCGAACUCAGGGCAUUAAACUCUUAAAAACUAUUCUGAAGUGGUUGAUGGCAAGUGCAGGACGGUCCUUCUCUACAGCUGUCACUGAGCAACUCCAGCUUCUGCCCUUAUUUUUCAAGAUUGCACCGGUAGAAAAUGACAAUAGCUACGAUGAGCUCAAAAGAGAUGCGAAGAUGUGUUUGUCCUUAAUGUCUCAGGGUUUGCUGUAUCCUCAGCAAGUGCCUUUGGUACUUCAGGUGCUAAAACAAACAGCAAGAAGCAAUUCUUGGCAUGCUCGCUAUACCGUGCUAACCUACCUCCAGACCAUGGUGUUCUACAACCUCUUCAUCUUCCUCAACAACGAAGCGGCGGUCAAGGACAUCAGGUGGCUGGUUAUAAAACUGCUGGAAGACGAGCAGCUCGAGGUGCGGGAGAUGGCAGCGACCACGCUGAGCGGGCUCCUGCAGUGCAGCUUCCUGGCCAUGGACGCGCCCAUGCAGACCCACUUCGAACAGCUCUGCAAGAUGAGCUUGCCCAAGAAGAGGAAGCGAGACGUGGGCUCUGCCGUGGAUACGAUUCCUUCUGGUGAUCUGGUGAAGCGCCACGCGGGUGUGCUGGGGCUCAGCGCCUGCAUCCUGUCCAGCCCCUACGACGUCCCCACCUGGAUGCCACAGCUCCUCAUGGACCUCAGCGCCCACCUCAACGAUCCGCAGCCCAUCGAGAUGACUGUGAAAAAGACGCUGUCGAAUUUCCGGAGGACCCACCACGACAACUGGCAGGAGCACAAACAGCAGUUCACGGACGACCAGCUGCUCGUGCUGACCGACCUCUUGGUGUCCCCCUGCUACUAUGCAUAGGUUUCUCCUGGAAAAACGAGGCUGUAGGAACACUUCUGCACAAUAAAGGAAGCUCAAAGAAAUUUAUUGCGUAGAAAACUUUGCAUUGGAAAUACUGAUGCCUAAUCAAAACCACUUUUAAAUACAAACUGAAAGACCUGGUUCUAUUCAAAAAGAACUUCACCUCCCCGGGGAGCAGCCGUGGGAGCCCCACGGCCUCCUCGUAACUGCGCUUGCAGAGCCUGGCCGUGGGUUUAUCACGAGCCCCUUGUCCCUGGCCUGCACCACACACCAGUCUGGUUCCUGCGUUCAUGCACACCGCGACUUACCCUGCGCAUUUCUCACCCCCUUUUCCUGACCCUCCUUCCCAGCUGUUCCCACAUCAGUCGCGCAGCCCCAAAGCGUGCUGCAAACCAGAAUAUUCUCAGUGAAGCUCUCCGGUUCUGCCGAUGCAACUUCUCGCCUGGUCAGCGUGCGGCACCAGGAACCUCUCUCAGAGUUUAUUUUUCAGUACUCGGAUUUGAGCGCCCGUCGGGCUCUGUAUCAUUCAGUCCACCUCAGGGCAGGGUUGCCUUUUUGUAUCUUCCUCAUCAAAAUGUAAAUAGCUGCUGAUCUCUGGGCAGGACAAAGCGCGGGGAGGGAAAGCUCUUGCUGCCUGGCCAGGUCUUCAUAGACAGCUUGACCACGUGUGGAAUAAAAUAUCUCCGAUUAUCUGCGUAUUUUUAAGGGUGAAAGACUAUGGUGUUUCCACAUAAUUAGAGCCCACAGCUAUCAAAUUAUGGACUAUCGAGUGGUGGUUAAAUGCACGGAAUGAAACGUAUGCACAAGUGUGAAAAAGCACCGAGUGGCUGACUCUCUAACAGCACGUUCUCGUGCAGGUUGUCGCUGUUUGAAGAUUGUGGAAGCUCUGCGUUGUUUUGCCUGCAGCUUUGUUCAGAGACUGGUAUCUAUUGGCUAUUUAAUGACAUGUUUAAUAUGUGUUACAUAGUUGUAAAAGACUGUAUAAAUUGUAGAGGCAUUGCAUUGACGAAACAUUGUACAGUUUGCAACCUUUUACAUAACACCAUUGUGAGAUUAAUUUGUAAAGAUUCAUACUUAGAUGUUAAUACAGUAGUAGUUCUGGCUUUUGUAUCAAAUCAAAUGCCAUUAUUAGUUUUUUAAAUUAUUUUUCUUUAACAGAAUAUCUCUCUGUGCCCGAAAGGCGGAAGUUUUGUUUUGGUUUUCUUGUAUCUCAUUAUUACUAUGUCUCCUUCAGAUUUUAACGCAACACUUGUGGCCAUCUCUAAACGCUGACAUCACAUAUUCCGGUGUGAUUAGCUCAUAGGAUGUGAGGUACAUUGGAAUAACUCAUCAAGUGGUGUGUGUUUCAAGUUUCCACGCGAUCCCGCAGGAGCACUGACCCACGUGAGCGAUGUAGGUGCCGAGUGUGAGCCAUUCCAAGCACAGCCAUGUCCCGCUGCGGUAUGUAACGAGUGGCAGCGCACACGUGUAACCACUGUAUAGCGUAGUGCCAAAGUUAUUAUUUCAAUUGUGUACGUAGUUGAAGACCCAAUAAAUGGACUGUUUGUAA